GCCCACCAUCUGUAGCUGCUGCCUCCCUGUACUGACUAGAGGAGAAAAAAAUGGGAAACAGCAUGCAAGGCAUCACGUGACUCGUGUCAUUUUGGCAGCCUGGCCGAUUGACCUUAACCCUUUUCAAAAUCAAUCUGAAAAGGAACUGUAGAAAAUAGUCAAACAUUGAAAACUUCACGUAAAAGGGACUGUGAAGCAAUUUGAACUCUUCUUUUGGACAUAGAGAGACCAAUGAAUUGAUUAUACUGCUUGAGUCCUUGGUUCAACAUUCCUAAAUGCCAAAAUGAUUAAAAGAGAGAGAAGCUUUUGCCAGCAAACUCAGGCCCUUCUUUGUAAGCAUUUGAUUAAAAAAUGGAGGAUGAAAAGAGAGAGUUUAUCGGAAUGGCUUCUCUCAUUGCUUCUAUGCCUGCUUGUGUUUUUCUUUUUAAUGACUUCUAGCAUCUCUCAGGUUCCUGAAGUGCCUCCAGUAGACCUUGGACGCAUAGAUGAGUUUAAUGAUUCUGACUUUCUAAUUAAAUAUAUGCCAGUCACCAAUACAACUCAACAGAUAAUAAGCAAAAUGGCUUUGGCUUCCUUUAUGAAAGGAAUAAAUAUCACUGGAACUACAGAUGAAAAGGCUUUGUCUCAUGGAUUCUAUGACACAAUUGCAGUCAUCUUUCAUGAUAUGUUCUCAUAUGAAUUAAAGUCAUGGGGAUAUAGAGUUCCAUUUAACAAGGAACUUCAUGAACAUUCAGCACAUUGCAGAAUAUUUGAUGAAGAAAUCAGUUGUUACCUUGAGGAAUAUUGGAAACGUGGUUUUGUUGCUUUUCAGGCUGCUAUUAAUUCUGCUAUUAUAGAAAUCACAACAAAUCAUUCUGUGAUGGAUCAGCUGAUGUCAGUCAAUGGUAUAAAUAUGAAAGUGCAUCCAUUCAUCGCCCAAUUUAGUAUCGUAAGGGACAUCAUCAUUUUAAUCUGUAUAAUUUCUUUCUCUCCAAUGAUAUAUUUUGUUUCCCUCAAUGUUACAAGAGAGAGAAAAAAUGUUAUGGAGUGGAUGACAAUGAUGGGCCUCCAAGAUUCAGCUUUUUGGUUUUCAUGGGGUUUACUGUAUGCUGGCUACAUUUUUGUUUUGGCAAGUCUGCUGGCUGUUAUCAUAACAUCUAACGAAUUUGUAAUUAUGACUGGUUAUUUCACAGUAUUCAUCCUAUUUCUCCUAUAUGGUCUUUCUUUGGUGGCAUUAACUUUCCUGCUUUGUGAGUUGAUUAAGAAACCUGUACUUACUGGCUUAGUCACAUUCUUCCUUACUGUUUUUUGGGGAAGUCUGGGACUUGUUUCAUUGUAUCAACAAUUUCCAGCAAGUUUGGAAUGGAUUUUAAGCCUCCUAAGUCCCUUUGCCUUCGUUUUUGGGAUAAACCACAUUCUAAGGAUGGAUUACAACUUGAGAAGUUUUGCUUUUCCUGACCCCUCUGGAGACUCACAUCAACUGUUAGCCAUAUUUUUCAUGUUGGUUUUUGAUAUUAUUCUUUAUUUGGCCCUUGUUCUAUAUUUCAACAAGAUCUUGCCACGUGAAUAUGGACGACAAUAUUCUCCUUUGUUUUUCCUGAAGUCUUCAUUUUGGUGCCCUCACCAUAGGACUGAUCAUCAGUUACUAGAGAAUGACACAAACUCUACAUAUUGGCCUGACUCUUUUGAACCAGUGCCUCCAGAAUUUCAUGGGAAAGAAACUAUCAGAAUCAGAAAUAUAAAAAAGGAAUAUAAAAGAAAGUCGGAAAAAGUAGAAGCUUUGAAAGGUUUUCAAUUGGACAUCUAUGAAGGCCAGAUAACAGCAAUACUUGGUCACAGUGGAGCUGGGAAAUCCACACUAAUAAAUAUUCUUAGUGGAUUAUCUGAACCAACAGAAGGGUCUGUUAGCAUCUAUAAUAACAACCUCUCUGAAAUGGAAGACUUAGAGGAAAUCAAGAAGAUCACUGGUGUUUGCCCACAGUUUAAUGUCCAUGUUGAUUUCCUGACUGUGAGAGAAAACCUCAGACUAUAUGCUAAAAUCAAAGGGAUUCCGCCAGAGAAAGUGGAGCAAGAGGUACAAAGAGUUUCUCUAGAAUUGGAAAUGAAAAGUAUUCAGGAUACCCUUGCUGCAAAUCUGAGUGGUGGGCAGAAAAGGAAGCUGACCUUUGGUAUUGCCAUUUUAGGUGAUCCUCAGGUUUUGUUGUUGGAUGAACCAACUGCUGGAUUGGAUCCUUUUUCAAGGCAUCAAGUAUGGCACCUCUUAAAGGAACACAAAGCAGACCAUGUGACCCUCUUCAGUACACAGUUUAUGGAUGAGGCUGAUCUUCUUGCUGAUCGGAAAGUGUUUAUAUCCAGUGGGAAACUGAAGUGUGCAGGCUCUUCUUUGUUUCUAAAGAGGAAAUGGGGGAUUGGCUAUCACUUAAGUUUGCACAAAAAUGAAUCCUGUGACUCAGAAAGAAUAACAUCACUCAUUAAACACCACAUUCCUGAUGCCAAAUUAACUGCAGAAAGAGAAGAAAAGCUUGUAUACACACUGCCUCUGGAAAGAACAGAUUUAUUUCCAGACCUUUAUAGUGAUCUUGAUAAUUGUAUUGGCCAAGACAUUGUGAAUUAUGGCGUUUCCAUGACAACUUUGACUGAAGUAUUCUUGAAACUAGAAGGGAAAACAACAAUCGAUGAUGCAGAUUUUGAGAGUUUGGGGCAGGAACAGACAAGACAUUCUGAAACCUUUGUUGAACCAGAGCAAACUUUUGCUUCACUUUUUGGAGAGAAGAUGGAAUCAGUCAGUGGCAUGGCUCUCUGGAAACAACAGAUUUGGGCAGUUGCAAGGGUUCGCUUCUUAAAAUUAAAGCAUGAUAGGAAAGUUCUUCGGUCAUUAUCUUUGUUGCUGGUGGUUACUUUGCUUCCUUUUGCUUUUGAGAGUAUAGUGUAUGACCUAUUGCACAAAAAUGUUCCGUGGAGAUUUACCCCUGAUGAAUAUUUCCUCUCUCCUGGGCAGCAGUCACAGCAUUCUCUCAGCAGCCUAUUAAUUGUCAACAAUACAGGGUCAAACAUUGAGGAUUUUGUAAGCUCUCUGAAGCAUCAGAAUAUAGUUCUGGAAGUAGAUGACUUUGAAAACAAAAAUGGAACAACUGAUCUGUCCUACAAUGGAGCUAUAAUAGUAGCUGGGAAAAAAAAGGAUUAUAGGUUUUCUCUUGCAUGUAACACCAAGAGAUUGAAUUGCUUUCCUGUCCUCAUGAAUGUUGUUAGCAAUGGGCUACUUAAAAUGCUUAACUCCACAAAGCAAAUUACCACUGAGAGAACUACAUUUUCUUAUGAUUUUGAGCCUAGUUCAAUUACUAAUGUAGAGAAAGAUCUUUUAUUGAUUUUGGCAACAACCAGUCUUUCUCCUUAUUUGGCAAUGAGCAGCAUCGCUGAUUAUAAAAUAAAAGCUCAAGCCCAACUAAGGAUUUCAGGUCUCUAUCCUUCAGCCUACUGGUGUGGGCUGGCACUGGUGGAUGUUCCUUUGAACUUCAUGAUUCUCCUUUUAUUAUAUUCAAUUAUAUACUUUAUAAACUUGGGCUUCUACACAAUAAACACUGGUAUCCUAUUUAUUCAGAUCAUCUGUACUAUUGGUUAUGCAGGCUCAAGUGUCUUCUUCACAUAUAUAAUUUCAUUCAUUUUUAAAAAAGGGAGAAAAAAUAGUGGCAUCUGGUCUACUUUCUUCUUUAUUACUUCAUUGUUCACAUUUGCUUUUAAUCAAAAAACUAAUUUUGAACUAUCUGGAAUGUUUUGUUGUAUUGCAUUUAUACCCUUCUUCACCUUGUUUGGAUGCACAAUGCUGUUUUUGGAGAUCAACUUUAAGUAUUUCAGAAAGGCUAAGAAUCUAGCGUAUGAUACAUAUGACAUCAAUGAAAACAUCUUCUUCGUGAUUCUCAUACCUUACCUUCAUUGUAUCAUUUUCCUUUUUGUUCUACGAUGCCUGGAAAUGAAAUAUGGAAAGCAAUGCAUGGGAAAAGACCCUGUUUUCAGAAUUUUUCCUACAAAUAGUGAUGCUGGUACCAACCCCGAAGAACCAGAAGAUGAAGAUGAAGAUGUUCAGGCAGAAAGAGCUAGAACCCUGAGGGAAAUGACUACUUCCAACCUGGAUGAGUUUCUUUUCCAGAAACCUGUUAUUAUUGCCAGCUGUCUGCGAAAAGAAUAUGAAGGCAAGAAGAAAAGCUGUUUUGCAAAGAGAAAGAAGAAAGUGGCGGCAAGAAAUAUUUCUUUCUGCGUAAAAAAAGGGGAGGUACUAGGACUGCUGGGACACAAUGGAGCAGGUAAAAGUACAUCUAUUAGGAUGAUAACUGGAGACACAAGACCAACAGCAGGGAAGGUGGUUCUGAAAGGAAGCAAAACAAGUCAGCAAAGAAAUAUUAAUGCAACCAAUAUCCUUGGGUACUGUGCUCAGGAGAAUUCACUAUGGCAAAACUUUACAGUGAGAGAACAUCUGGAGAUCUAUGCUGCAGUGAAAGGGAUGAAGAAGGGAGAUGCCAUGGUCACUAUAUCAAGAUUAAAGGAUGCUCUCAAACUUCAGGACUACAUGAAAGUUCCAAUCAAGGAACUGUCAACAGGCAUAACUCGAAAGCUGUGCUUUGCUUUGAGUAUCUUGGGAAAUCCAGCUGUUAUACUUCUGGAUGAACCAUCAACUGGCAUGGACCCAGAAGGGCAGCAACAAAUAUGGCAGACUAUUCGAGCAAUCUUUAAGAAGAAGGAAAGUGGGGCUAUCCUCACCACACAUUACAUGGCAGAGGCUGAAGCUCUUUGUGACCGAGUGGCCAUCAUGGUAUCAGGAAAGCUACGAUGCAUUGGUUCCAUUCAACAUCUAAAAAGCAAGUUUGGCAAAGAUUAUUUACUGGAAAUAAAAGUGAAGGAAUCUGGACAAGUAAGACAUCUCCAUGAAGAGAUCCUGAAACUUUUUCCAAGGGCAGCACGGCAAGACAGGUAUUCCUCCUUGAUGGUCUAUAAAUUGCCUGUAGAAGAUGUGCAUCCUCUUUCUCAGGCGUUUUCUAAAUUAGAAGCAGCUAAGCAUACUUUCAACCUGGAGGAAUACAGUCUCUCUCAGUCCACUUUGGAACAGGUCUUCCUAGAGUUGUCAAAGGAACAGGAGCUGGGAGAUUUUGAAGAGGAACUGGAUACAAAUAUAAAAUGGAAACUCCUCCCCCAAGAAGAACCUUAGAGGUCUAGACCUGCUAAUUCUAUAUAAAAGAUCUCAUGACCCUUUAUGUUUACACAUUUAUAAUUUUCAUUCCAUAUCUUAUCUCAGAAAUGUUAAUCCAAAUUUUAACGUAUAUUUUAUAUUUACAUAGCAAUUGGUUGAACUCUUUAUUAGAAUAAGCAGUUUUUUUAAGUGUCAAAAAUUAGAUAUUGAAGGUUUGUCCAUCACUUGGGAAAUGAAUAAACAAUGGUAUAUGGUUGUAAUGAAAUACUAUUGAGCCAUAAGGAAAAAUGAACAGGGUGAUUUCAGAAAAACCUGAAAAGAUUUGUAUGAAAUAAUGCAAAGUGAAGUGAGAAGAAUAAGGAGAACAAUGUAUACAAUAACAGAAAUAUGAUAUGACAAUCAACUACAAAGGACUGUUAUUAUCAACAAAGCAAGUCUCCAUGAUAACCACAAGAGACUCAUGAUGGAAUUACUAUCCAUAGCCAAAAAAACUGUUGGAGUCUGAGUGCAGAUCAAGCACUCCAUGUUCAACUAUAUUUCUGUCAUGAGAUUGUAUGUGUGAUGUGUGUCUUCUAUCAUGACAUGAGCAAUAUAGAAAUAUGUAUUACAUGAAAGUACAAGUAUAACAUAUAUCUGACUAUUCAGUGUUUUGGGGGAGGAUAGAGAGGGAGAAAAAUCUGAAUUUUAAAAUAUAAAAAAAUAAUUGUCAAAAGUUGUUUCUACAUGUAACUGAUAAAACUAAAAAUUUUGGGGAAAUUUUUUAAAAUAAAAAUGAUAAAGGGAAGGAAGGAUAAUUUCAGGUAAAAUCCCCAUACCAAAUAUCAUUGGUAAUGGGAUAGAAUUGGAGUGUUAGUUUCCUAUAUAUUUCCAUGCCUUUUAGGUGUAUUUUCCAUAUUAUAUUGUAGCUUUUUAUCAGCAAAGGGGCCAAUAAAGGGGUUUUUUCCUCAACUGGAAGGAGGGAUUGAAGAAUCAUGAGAAGUGGAAGCUAGGGCAAAUUUUGAGCUGCUAGAGAACAUGGCAUGGGGUAAAAACAGCAGGAUGUGUAGAUGAGUGCCAGCCAAGAGGUAAUUGCAAUGGCAGGGCUCUACUCCCUGGAACUGAAUAGUAAUCGUGAUCAUUUGGACAUUAACUCAUUGGUCUGUUUUAAAAGUGCCUUGACAGAAUUUGGUGCUGCCCUGGAAUUGGGCAAAUUUAUUUGCUCACCAUUUCCUCUCCCUCCUCUAUUUCACAGCUACCUGGUGAACUGGCAUUUCUUACUCUUAAAUUUUUUUCAUUUUCUGUAAAUAUUUUAUAAUGAGUUUUAUAUCCAGAUAAAUAUAAGCUGAUUUUUAUUAUAUCUGAAGUGAUUGUUAUUAGUAGACCACACUAUGGGGAAGGGCAAAGAAGAAUCUCUAGACAAAUAAGCUUUAAUAAACUAUGUCUGUCUCUUUCUCAAUCAAUAAAAUACAGAUUUGUAUUGUA